AUGAGCCCCUCUGCGACUGUCAUGUUCUGGGUCUUGCCUGUCACAGUCACCUUAUGUUCCUUACCGAGGGCUAUUACGGCGUUGUCUGUUAAGGAAACAUCCACGUCGUUCGAGAUUAGCAAUGACAGGCUUUCCGCUAGCAUGCUCAAAUCAUCCGGCAAUAUUGUGAGUCUGUCGCUUGAUGGGAGGAGUCUCCUAGGAACCGGCAAGGGCCUUUAUUUGGACUGUUACUGCACUCCCGCAGGAUUCUAUACACCCGGAUCGUCGAACCCGAAAGUCAAGUCACUUAGUGGUACGGACUCUACUGGGACUCCUUGGGGUGGCCUAGUACUUCAGGACACAUACCCAGCAACUGGUCAGCUAUUUGAACAGUACUGGUUCCUCAGGGAUGGAGAAGCUGGGCUACACUCAUUCAGCCGGGUAGCCUAUUAUAAUGAAACAACCCCAUUCCUUCGCGACCUCGGUGAACUCAGAACAUUAUUCCGCCCGACCUCAAACCUGUGGACGCAUAUAUCAACAAACCGUCAACACUGGGCACCACUACCGUCUGCGGAAGCUGUUUCCAAAGAGGUUGUAGUGCAAGAUGCGACGUGGUAUCUCGGGAAUACACCCAAUGAUUCUUAUGUUCAACAAGAAGCGGAUUACUUCACAAAGUACACUUUCGCGGAUACCUGGCGCGAUCACAAGGCACAUGGGCUAUAUGCAGAUGGGUCCACUUCUAACGGUACGACCUAUGGAGCUUGGCUUGUAAUGAACACAAGAGAUACGUACUUUGGAGGACCCGUUCACAGUGACUUGACUGUAGAUGGAAUAACUUAUAACUACAUUGUCUCCAAUCACCAUGGUGAUACUGCACCUAACAUUACUCAUGGAUUUGACCGUACUUUCGGACCAUUCUUCUAUUACUUCAAUUCUGGCGAAAACGAAUCGCUCAACGCUCUUCGAGAUGACGCUGAAAAGUACGCCGAUCCUGAAUGGAACGCCGAGUUCUAUGACUCGAUUGCUUCCUCUGUGCCUAACUACGUGGCCACAUCUCACCGGGGUACCUUUUCUCUUUCCGUCAAUGUACCCACGGGAGCAAAAAGACCCAUUGCUAUCCUUAGUGUAGAUGGCCUCGACCCGCAGGAUAACGCGCAGGAUACCACCGCAUAUCAGUACUGGGGUGACGUGUCAGAUGCUGGGAUCCUUACCAUUCCACGAGUGAAGGAGGGAGUUUACAGGCUUACAAUAUACGCCGAUGGUAUCUUUGGCCAGUACGAAGAGGACGGCAUUGUGAUAAUAGCAGGAAAGAUUACAAAUCACGAAGCUAAAUGGACACCAGAGUCAGCGGGCAAGGAGCUUUGGAGGAUAGGGAGUCCCGAUAAGACAGCAGGAGAAUUCCGACAUGGUUUUGCAGGAGACCCUUCUCAUCCGCUACACCCGCAAGAAUACCGCAUAUACUGGGGACAGUGGGACUUUCCAACCGACUUCCCUAAUGGUAUCAAUUAUACCGUCGGGGAAUCCGAUGUCGCCCAAGACUGGAACUAUGUUCAUUGGAGCGUAUUCGGACCCUCGUAUACUAGGACGGGAGCUGUUAGCACCAACAUGAACAAUUGGACAAUUAAUUUCGAGCACAUUGAUCUAAUUGACACGAGAUCGACCGGAACACUCACUAUACAACUUGCUGGGGCAAAGUCUUCCAGCGGAAACACAGAUGUACCCAGUGGUUCUCUGAGCAACUUUACACUGCAAGCCUAUAUAAAUGACCACGGACCACUGAAAUUUGAUGUCCUAUGGUAUCAAUCGAGUAGCUGUGCGGUUCGUUCAGGUAUAUCGUGCUACAAUAUUGCUAAGAAGCUUCCAUUUCCUGGAAGUUGGCUGAAGGAGGGCUGGAACAAGGUCAUACUUUCAUUGCCAUUCAAUAAGAAUGCAGUCUAUGUCCAGUACGACGCCUUGAGGAUGGAGUUAGAUUAG